AUGGAGGCAAAGAAGCUCUUUGAUCGCAUGCCUCUCAAGGAUGUGGCUUCGUGGAAUGCCGGGAAAAUGAGGGAGUUCCCGACUUUUCGGACAAAUCGAUCUCGCCUGCACUCUUCCAAUCAAACAUGGAGCAAGUUUGCAACCACAAAAGGAACCACGCGGGAAGCUAUCGGCAUGCCGGGAAUGGCAUCAUGCGCUCUUGGUUGGAUUUCGCUCGAUCGCCCAGGAAACGCUCCGAGCAAAACACCUCGGGCUCGUCCCAGUACCGUUUGGGAUGAGAACGGUGCAGUGCUUGGGGAUGUCGUAGCCUGCGAUUGUUACCUUGGAUGGAUUGUGAUCCAAAACUCUCUCCUCUGUGCUGCCAAAGAGAAUCAUACAAAAUGCAUCCGAGAUAAAUUUGCCGACUGCAUCGGUCAGGUUGACGGGAGCAUGAUCGCCAGAGCUUUGAAUGGCUUUGAUCGAUUUCGCCAUCUCCAUUUCGUAGAUCCCCGCAAAACCAUCCAGCCUCGUGUUGCUCAUGAAGGAUUCCCGGCGAUUCCAGCGCAAGGCGAUUUUAAUUCUCUCGUCCGGUCCAUCAAAUCGUACGGCAACUCGAAGAACUUGGGCGAAGCGAGGAAAGUCCAUGCGAGAAUAGAACGGAACAGGGACCUGAAAGAAAGCUUGCAUCUGUGGAAUCUUGUGAUUGAAAUGUAUGGAAAGUGCGGCAGCGUGGAGGAGGCUCGAGCGGUGUUCGAUCGGAUCAGCGACAGGAACUUGGUGUCGUGGAACAUCCUCCUUGCGGCAUAUGCCCGAAACGGAGAUAUUGCUCAAGCAAGAUGCGUGUUCCAGAGCAUGCCCAGAAAGGAUCGAGUGUCAUGGAAUGGAAUGAUCCAGGCGUACGUGAAAAGCGGGCUUUUGGAAAGAGCGAUGGAAGUGUUUAGAGUGAUGCCAUCACCGGAUAUCGUCUCGUGGACAACCGUGGUUGCCGCAUUUGCCAAGGCGGGGGAUCUGUGUCGAGCGACAGAGCUGUUUGAUUCGAUGCCUCACAAGAAUGUGAUCGCGUGGAACGCUAUGAUCACGGGUCAUGCAAAGUCUGGAAAAAUGGAAGAGGCAAAGAAGCUCUUCGAUUGCAUGCCGCUCAAGGAUGUGGUUUCGUGGAACGCUAUGGUGGCGGGAUAUGCCGGAAACGGGCAACUUGAUCUGGCGAGAGAGGUUUUCGAGAGCAUGAUCUUGCGAGACUCGGUGUCAUGGACGACGAUGAUCCGGGCUUACGUUGCUGGAGGAGAGAUUGGCGAGGCCAGAGCUUUGUUCGAGAGGAUGCCGAUGGAGAACGUCGUGGCCUCUACGGCGAUGCUCCAGGGCCACGCUGAGAAUGGAGACUUGGAAGAAGCGAGAGCUUUGUUCGAGAGAAUCCAGUGCCCCGACGCGAUCGCAUGGACGACGAUGAUGAACGCUUACGCCAGUCAUGGUUUCCUGGAAGACGCGAAGACCAUCUUCGAUCGGAUGCCGGACAGGAACUUGGUAACUUGGAACGCGCUCAUCACAGCGUACACGGAUCACGGUCGCGUGGAGGAGGCCCGGGAGCUGUUUGACAAGAUGAAAGAGAGGAACUCCAUCUCCUGGAAUGUGAUGCUCCAGUCGAGCGUGGAGAGAGGCGAGCUUGUCCAAGCAAAGGCCGCGUUUGAUCGGAUGCCUCAACCGGACACAGUGUCGUGGAACUCGAUGGUUCAAGCGUAUGCUCAAGAUGGUCACGUAGAACAAGCCAGGGACGUGUUCGAGAGGAUGCCAAGGAGGAACGUUGUGUCAUUCACGGCCUUGAUCCAGGCCUACGCGAGAAGAGGCGAGAUGGAGGAAGCAAAGAGGCUGUUUGACGAGAUGCCGCAGCGGGACGUGGUGGCCUGGACGACGAUGGUGGUCGGAUACGCGCAAGCCGAGAUGGUGGAGUGCGCAAAAACAGUUUUUGAAGCGAUGCCACUCCGAGACGUGGUGUCGUGGAACGCGAUGAUCGCAGCCUACGCUCGCCCCGGGGAUUUGGAGCGAGCUCGGGCGCUGUUCGAGGCAAUGCCGGUGAGGAACACCAUCUCGGGCAACUCGAUGGUGGCGGCGUACGCUCGGACUGGAAACUUGGGCGAUGCCAGGACGGUGCUUGAGCGGAUGCCCGAGAAGAACAUCGUGUCCUGGAACACAAUGGUGGCCGGCUACGCCGAGAACGGUUGCGUGGACGAGGCCGAGGUGGUGUUCUCUCGGCUCAUGCCCGAGCACGACACUGUCUCCUGGGCCUCGAUGCUACUGGGCUACGUUGGAAGCCGGCAUUUCGACCGAGCAGUGGAGCUCUUCUGGGAGAUCCCGGAGCGAGACAUGGUAAUCUGGAACGUCAUGGUGGUGGCGGCAGCUCAAAGAGGCAAGCUCCGCGCAGCAAAAUCGCUUUUUGAUGGGAUGCCGGAGCGGGACGUGGUGUCCUGGAACGUGAUGCUCCAGUCGAGCGCUAGCGGCGAGCGCGCGCGGGUGGAUUUGCUGCUGGACAUGAAGAUGGAGGGGAUCUCUCCCGACGAGGUGACGCUCUUGACGCUGCUCCACGCUUGCAACCAUGGCGGGCUCGUCGGCGAGGCGCUGGAUCACUUGGCGGGGAUGGUGGUGGACUGGGGGGUGAGAGCUGGCGAGGAUCACUGGAACGCGGUGGUGGAUGUUCUUGGGAGAUCUGGGCAUUUGGUGGCGGCGGAGGAGCUGGUCAAGGGCGGUGGCGGCGGGGAGGCGUGGACGGCGCUGCUGGCGGCGUGUAGGAUCCAUGGCGAUGAGAAGCGUGGGAAGCGAGCAGUGGCUUCGCUCAUCCGGAAGGAGGAAGAGAUGGAAGCCAUGGUAACGAAGAGCACUAACAAGAAGAAGACUGCUCCUUACGUGUUGCUAUCGAAUUUAUACCGGGAUGGAUAA